AUGGAGUGGACCUCCCGUGCCUCGCUGGCGUUGCUGGUUUUGGGGCUGUGCCUCUUCCUCCCCGCCGCGGCGUGCCGCGGCCUGCCGCGCGGAGGCCUCCGCACGCAGGAGAAGACGGGAAUGUCAAAGAACAUGAACCUGGCGCUAGCGACGACCAUGUUGCUGGACUACUCCUGCACGGAUCAGUACCAGCCCAGCAUGCCGCAGAUGGCGGAGGUCUUUCAGGUGUCCCCCAGCGCGAUGGGCUACACCAUCCAGGUGCAUCUCCUCAGCUGCGCUGCGGGGACCCUGAUGGUGGGCCCGCUCAGUGACCGCAUGGGCAGGAGACCCGUGAUCUUGGCGUGCCAGUCCAUGCUGGCCGUGAGCACCUUCGCGUGCAUGUGCGCCUCAGACCUGCUUUGGUUCAUGGCCGGGCGCGUGCUGCAAGGCCUGGCCGCCUCGGUCUACGUGGUGAUCUUGGCGAGCCUGCGGGACUGCUACGCGGACCCCGGGGCGCGGCUCAGGGCCAUGGGCACCCUGAUGUCGCUGAUGCUGGUGGGCCCCAUCUUCGCGCCCUCAAUGGGAGGACUGCUGGCCUCCUACGCGGGCUGGAGGUGUCCCUUCCUGGUGCUGGCACUUUUGUCUUUGUCUCUGACGCUCUUCAGCGUUUUCGUGCUCGAGGAGACGGCCGUCGCCCCAAAGACCAGCGAGGGAUACCUGCGCGACAUCUACCGCGUUGUGAGGGACCGGCGACGCGUGAUGAUCCUGUUGUGCGUGGGCACCACGAAGAGCCUCUUCGACGUUGUUAUCUCCUCCAACGGCUUCAUCUUGGAGGACACCUACGGGCAGUCGGUGCGCGGCGCCGCGCGCAUCGCCGCCGCCUUCGCGAUCUCCUGCGCGCUGGGCUCGCUGCUGGCGCGGCGGUUGCACCGGAGGCCCACGGAGGUGUUGCUGCUCUUCAUCCCGAUUCUGCUGGGCGCAGCGGGGCUACUGGUCCUGGGCGCCUGCUUCUCUGAAAGCCUCGGUUGGUACGUGUCGGUGAUUUGCAUCCUCCAACUCCUGGUCUUCCCGCCCAUCAUUGCCUAUCAUGCGGAGUUCACAGAAGAGCUGCAGGACAUCGCCGGCGUAGCGACCAGCGUGGCCCUUUGCGCCCAGUACCUCUUGAGCUCGCUGAUCUCAUUGCCUGGAGUGGUGCUUGCUGAGAGCGGGGUUCGUGGCAUGCUCUUCUUCCUGGCGGGCGUGGUCGUAGUAACGGAGCUGAUCACCUGGUUCCUGCGGCCCGCGGUCAGCGUCAAGGAGGAAGACGAGGAGGACGAGGAGGAGACGGAGGAGGAGACGAAGGAGGAGACGAAGGAGGAGACAGAGGAGGAGGAGGAGGAUGAGGAAGGGGACGACGGAAGAGGAAGAGGAGGAGGAGAUGGAGGAGGCUAA